GGAUGCAGAUGCACAGCAUGGGUGAGACAAUCUCAGUCCACUCAUUCUGGUUUUGCUUUUCCUACAGGAAGGUGGGCUUUAUUCCCGUAGGAAAAAAAAAAAAAAGCAAAUCCUAGUGGCUUUUUAAUUAAUUGCUAUGAUUACCUUGUAUCACGAGCAGCUUUCACCCCGAGGUGUCUCGGGAUGCUCCCUACCCCAGCGGAGCUGUGCAGAAAGCAUACAGCAACUUUUAGCCACCUGUUCCUAUUUUGCCAUUCUGAGGAGGGUGAUUUCUUUUCCCUCUCCUGCAAAAUCGGUGCAAAAGUGGCAAUUUUUUUUGUCUUUGAAGGAAAAGGCAACAAAGAAGAAAUUACCCUUUUUGUCAGCACCACUGGUUUCUCAUCCAAAAAGGCAUUUUCUGUUUCCAUUCUGUUUCAUGUUAGGGGGAAAAAAAUAAGCCUUUUUUGGGCAAACUCUGCCCUUUCUCCCCCUCUCUUCAGGGAUUGCUCUUUUCCCAAGUGGGAAUCUCAGCCUCGAGCCCACGCAGCACCCGUGAAAUCCGAAUAUGAGAGGAGCUAACUCCCUGUCCCUUCUUUCUUCCUCUGCUUCAUAAUAUUUGUACUGCAAACAUUCAUUUUUUCCCUGGAAAUGUCAGAGCAGUGGUUGUUCGCCAGCCGUGCCGUGGUGGGCUGGGGGGGGGAGGGAGAGCAGAGCAAGAAGAGCCCGUGUGGGGGAGCACAGCAGGCAGGACCCUGCUUUGGAGGCAGGCUGAUGGUGUGGAAGCUCCAAGCUUACGGAAUGGGGCACCGUCUCUAAUGACUGCCAAUAUCAGGGCAUCAGCUCUGCUUCCCAGCAGCAGAGUGGAGCCCAGCUUUGGCUCCUGGAUUACUUCUUCCAUGGAGGCUGCACGUCCCCGUAGCACUUUUCUCUGGGAAGCCAUGCAAGUAGAUGGGGGCUCACACGAGCAGCCCCUCGGAGUCUGAGCACCUGGCUUCCUUCCAGCUUCACGGCAGAGCUCAGAAACCGGGGAUUCCCACAGGAUCCACCACGAGCUGGCAUUUUCCUGGCGGUGGAAGCAGCAUCAGGGCAGCACUCUGCGUUGGUCUGAGUCAGGUUGCUGCUUCCAAAGGUUCCUCUCGCAGGGCUCCUCUUGCCAGAGAAGUGGCCAAGCGCAUUUGCAGAUUUGGAAAGGGCCAUUCCCUGUAGCAAUAACCCCCCACUGGCAGGAGGCAAAGGGAGAUUUGGGCAGGGCAGAACUGCUCGGACAAGGGAACAGCGGAACGCAUCAGCAGAGCUCUGCUCUGCGUCACCCUUGGAAGGAGCCUCCUCUCCAGGGGCUCACGCCGCUCAAAUUAAGCAUCCUGAAUUAAGGACGUGAAGUCAGAGCGCCGUAAUUUGUCUCCUGGUGUAAGGGAUGCGAAUCCUUGUGCCAGAGCAGCCCUGGGAAGGUUGUGUGGGGACAGCUGGAUGCUGGGUGUUACUACACCCCGCAGAAGGGAUUCGCUAGGAAGAAGAUGCGUGAAUUCAGCGGAGGAGCUGCCAUCCUAGAGCAGGCUUUGUCAGCUCUUCCCUCCUUCUGCCUCUGAUGUGAGCCCAGGAGGGCCAGCAAGAGAUGGGCUGGAGGGGCAGAGGAGCCUGUCUGUGUUUCUUGUGAAACCUGGGGCUCUCUGCUGCACCAAGUCGGUAUGACAGCCAGCCCCAGCCCAUCAGUGCUGCGUUAGAGGCAAGAAAACCCCCUGCCUACCCAAGGAGAUGGCUGCGGGACCCAUCCCACCCACAGCCCCCCCUGGAGCAGGCUGCCUCCCCCCGCCCAACCCCGGCUGCUGCCCAGGUGAGCUCCAUCCGCGGGGCUCUGUGCUCCCUCUCUCGUGGCUGCAGCGUUCAGCCUGCUCCCCAUGGCUGUUCCCAUGGUAUCUUCAUCCCGACCUGCUCUGCACUCGCCCUCCUCCCAUCUGCCUGCCUGCGCCCAGAGCACGUUUCCAUGGGAACUCAACAGCCAAGGAUCAGAGACAAUUUUCCUGCUUGCUGGACAGUAUGGGGAAAUUGCCAAUCAGAAGGUGAAAAACAAGAUCUGGAGAGAAACGGAGGACAAAUGACGGGAGGGGGCCGUGCUGUUACCAGGAGGGGACUUCUUUCAGUGCUGCAGAGGGAGCCCGUGCCCCACAGCAGCAUCUCGAGGACGACAGCUGAUUUGGGAUCCCUGCAGGCCUUGGGAGCAGUGGCAGCAGACGUCAGGUGAAGGCUGCAGGGUUUCCAGCUGCAGGGAUGGCUCGCUGCUAGGGGGUGCCCCGACAGCUCUGGAUUCUUUCCCCACGUGCCAUCUUGGGAACGGGGCUGUGUGAAAUGAGAAUAACUGGGGGGAAAAAAAAAAAAGAGAAAAGCCUUUUCUUGCGUUGUUGGUGAUUUCACCCCAUUCUGAGCGUUCAGAAGGGAUUCAGAACCAAUAGAUGUGGGUUUUUUUUGCCUUUAUAGCUUGAGUCCGUAGGGUGGCUCGGCUCUAAGCUGUUCUGCAUAGGCAGGAAAGCUGAAAACGUUUUUUUUUUCUUCCAAAUUCAAGCAAGAGAAGCUGAAAUUCGCCAAUAAAAAAAAACAGGCUUCCAAAAGGUUCUGUUAGCAAACCCUCCCAAACGACAGAAGACCUGCGGCAAAACUGCAAAGACUAAAGCAAGCUGACAGCAUUUCAGUGGAUCUUUCCCAAAUUAGUCAUCAGCCGAAACUGGAACCGUUCAUCCAAGCCUUGGCUGGGGGCAGACGCUGCCUUAGUGCUGGUGCAGCCGUGUGCCACCCGGGCUGUUUGCUCCCUUGCUUUUCUGCAGGGGAAACGUGGCACGUGCACGCUUCUCGCCCACGUCCUCGUGGAGGAGGAGCAGGAAGGCAGCGUGCUCCUGUGCCCCCCGAGCUGGGUCCUGGGGGGGCUUCUCCUGCCGUGUGAACGUGCCGGGUGUCAUCUAUUCAACCGUACCCACGCAGCGCAGCCCCUGCAGCCCGCUCUGCCGCUGUCGCUCCAAGACCUGUUGUUUUUCAGGUCACUGCACUCAAACAGAUAGCGGCUUCCUCGCUAUUUUCUGUGACGUGCGUCACAUUGCAUUGGUUUUGUUGGAAGCCGGCCCCUCCGAUCCUGUCGCUCGCAAUAAGGAGUCCUCCCGGGCCGCAUCCCGACACGCUCCCGUGCCUCACGUCUCCCCACGUGUCUGUGGGGCUGGCAGCGGCUGGGCUGCUGACGCCGUGCUCUCUGAAUAGCUGCUCCCAGCAGUCGCGGAGGAUGCUGCCGCGUUUGUGCUGGGCUGCGUGGCACCGGGCUGCGUGGGCUGGCAGAUGGGGCAGGGCCGCGCUGCUGAGUUGGGCAGGGAAGGGCACAUGGAGGCGGUGGUGCUCGGAAAUAGCGAUGUUGGAUAGAGGGAAAUGGAAGCAGAGAAGCCGAAGGUGCUGCAGCUGAUGCACACUGCCUGAGAUGGUCUGCUGGGCGUCCUGAGGGGACAGGAAGCUCUUUGUGGGCAUGUUAAAUAAGCAGCAGUCUGAGGAUGACGUGCUCCGGCUCUUUGAACCGUUUGGGGUCAUUGAUGAAUGUACAGUGCUGCGUGGACCUGAUGGGAACAGCAAAGGCUGUGCUUUUGUAAAGUUCUCAUCUCACACAGAGGCUCAGGCAGCAAUCCACGCACUCCACGGCAGCCAGACAAUGCCCGGCGCUUCCUCCAGUCUAGUGGUGAAGUUUGCUGACACAGAUAAGGAGAGGACCCUCCGUCGUAUGCAGCAAAUGGUGGGGCAGCUGGGGAUAUUCACUCCAUCUCUCACCUUGCCGUUCAGCCCAUACAGCGCCUAUGCGCAGGCUCUGAUGCAGCAGCAGACGACCGUGCUGUCCACCUCCCACGGCAGCUACCUGAGCCCCGGCGUCGCCUUCUCGCCGUGCCACAUCCAGCAGAUCGGCGCCGUCAGUCUCAACGGGCUGCCAGCAGCACCCAUUGCACAGACGUCAGGGCUGCACUCGCCGCCUCUUCUGGGAACGACAGCCAUGCCGGGGCUGGUGGCACCCAUUUCAAAUGGGUUUACUGGCGUGGUACCCUUUCCCAACGGCCAUCCGUCCUUGGAAACAGUUUACGCCAAUGGCUUUGUACCGUAUUCAGCCCAGAGCCCUUCGGUAGCGGAGACCUUGCACCCGGCCUUCACCGGCGUCCAGCAGUACGCAGCCGUGUACCCAACCACCUCCAUCACCCCCAUCGCUCAGAGCAUCCCGCAGCCGCCGCCCGUCCUGCAGCAGCAGCAGCGUGAAGGUCCUGAAGGCUGCAACCUCUUCAUCUACCAUCUCCCUCAGGAGUUUGGAGACAAUGAGUUGAUGCAGAUGUUCCUUCCCUUUGGCAAUAUCAUCUCCUCCAAGGUGUUCAUGGAUCGUGCCACCAACCAGAGCAAGUGUUUUGGUUUUGUAAGCUUCGACAACCCAUCCAGUGCACAAACUGCCAUCCAGGCCAUGAAUGGCUUCCAGAUCGGCAUGAAACGUUUGAAGGUCCAAUUGAAACGACCCAAGGAUGCGAACCAUCCCUAUUGACAGCAGCGAGCAAGCAGGAGUCACUUCUGCAGCGCAGUGACUCACGGGACCAAACUUUUCCAUUCAGACACUGACUCCUUGCCAGAGGGCUUGGAAGCGAAGGCUUGACCUCUGCCGCGGUGUCUGCUCAGCAGGCGCCGCAAACGGACCCGAACAUUUCGAGGGGAUGCCUGGAUGGACAGAGGGCGAGGGAGAGCCCGGCUCCAUGCUCGGCAUCGGCACCGAGCGAGGAGAACGAGAACGACAUACCUCCAGGAUUAGGGCACAGCCAGCCGCUCCGCUCCGGUCACUCACCCACCAACCUUAGCACCAGCCUGGGCCAGGAUCGCUCGAGCUCCGUCUCACCCUCCAAGGGCUUCUGCAGACCAAGCUCCCGCAUUUCGGUGCCGCAGCCCGGCCCCGCUUGGGCUGGAAGCACGGGACCCUUCCCCCGCAGGACCCGCGGUGCCGCCCCGCGCCUCGCUGCUCCUCGCGGAACCGGGGGCUCCUCAGCAGCGAGGCAGGAGCAGCGGGCACGGAACCGGCCGGGCUGGCUCCAGCGCUGCCCCGGCCCGGGGUGGGCGGCUGCCGGCUGCGGCUCCUUCCCCACCGCUCCCUCCGAGGGACAGACCUCGCGUUCCGCAUCGUGUACAUAGAUCCACGCACACACGUUUCCAUUCACUUCAGCACGGCUCGGGGCUUCGUGUCACGCUCCCUGCGCUUGGGGGGGAGGUGGGAGGGGGGGGCGGCGCUGCCGGGGCCCGUUCCCUCGGAGCACGCGGCCCCUUCUGCUUCCCGCAGCGGAGCGGCAGCGGCCGAGAGCUCAGCACCGCGGAGCCGGGCGAGGCAGCGGGGGGGGAGGGGCGAUGCCGCCGGGAGCGAGGGGAGCGCGGGGUUGGGGGCACAGCCCCCCCUGCCCCCCCGUCCUUCAUUGCCGGGGGCAGCGGGCGUUGCGGGCCGGGGCCGCGGGGGUCGGUGUGUUUCUCUAGUCCAUGUUUACUUAUUGUAAAUACCAUUUUUAUACUUAACAUCGAUGACGUCCGUGAUUUGUAUAAUGUACUUUAUUUCUGCUACAGGUAAUUUCAUGGGAGUUUAAACUUAAUCUAAUUUUGAACAAAAAAAAAAAAAAAAAAAAAAAAAAAAA